AUACUUUCAUUUCCCAUGCAGGGAGGGAAGAAGUUAUAGAUGUGAUUGGAAUAGUCUUUGAUGUGGUGAAACGUGCAAAUGAUCUUAGGGGAUACGAAAGCACCCAAUGGUUGGUUGAGUUGUUUAAUAAAAUUGAUGAGAAUAAAUGCAUCAUUAUGGAACUCGCAGUAGAGGGAAAUUAUCUGAACUUGGUUCAACUCAUAUCAGAAGAACAUCCAGCUUAUUUCGUACUCAACAUGUUUCGGCGUGUGGAGCAUCCCGAUUUGAUUGGUCUAGUGCCAUUAAUUUACAAAGCUAUGGAUAAAGAAUAUGGCGAUAUGGUCAACUUACUCACCAAAAUAUAUGAAAAAGGAGUUCAAGUUGUGUACAAAUAUUGCUCACCUACAAGCAUGCCCGAAUUCAUUUCUCUCGUUAGAAGUCGGAAAGAAGAAUCCUUCUGCACCAUGAUGAAUAGUCAUUCCGAACAAUGUGUGACCUAUGUUGACAAUCUGGGAUGGAAUAUCCUUCACCAUGCGGCAUAUCACGAAUUUGAUUCAAUAAUUAACGUGAUAAUAGAAGCUCAAAAUAUAUGUAAACAUCCAUUUGUAUAUAAAAAUAUAAUAACACCUUUUCAUAUAGCGGCGGAAGAAGGAUACACUUCUACAAUGAUACGUCUUAUGCAAUCAUGGCCUUCCACAUCUUCGGCAUAUGUUGCUGUUGAUAAAAAUGAAAGAAAUAUUCUACAUUUAGCAGCACUACAAAGUAAAAAAGAGAUGAUAGAAGGUAUUUUAAAAUAUUGUCUAGAAGAGUGUAAAAAUGAGUUUGUGAAUAAGGAGGAUAAUGAUGGAAAUACACUUCUUCACUUGCUUAUCAUGCGUGGUUGCUUUCUUCCCCAACUCUUAAAAUAUGAAGGACUCGACAUGUAUGUCAAAAACAAGAAAGGCUGGACUGCUUGCGACAUGCUUUAUUUGGAAGAUAAAAUUAUUGAUGACCAGGUGCAAUAUAAAAUUACAUUUGAUGGUAUGCAAAAUGAUCGGACAAGAGAUAUUUUUUCAAAUUUGGUCCUCCCAAGUAAACGGAUGAGAAAAGAUGUGCUUCUCAAUAAGGAAAUUAAAGUGAGGACCGAUGAAGAGUAUGCACGUAUGAAAGAGGAUACUGAUGCAAUUUCCAAUUGUUUUGCUAAUGCCAUUGCGGGAGAUGCUAUAUCAAAAGCUGCAUUGAAAAUUAAAGCAGAUAAAGUGAAUGGGUCUGGAGAAACUAUUGUUAGGAUCGCAUCCACUAUAGAUUGACGUUAAUCAAACACAAUAACAAGCACGAAAGUAAAGAACACAAACAAUUAACGUGGAAACCCCUCAAGGGAGGGUAAAACCACCAAUCCACUAAAUAUGAAUGUAUUACAAUAUUGGAGUCGCUCCCUCACUCA